AUGCAGCGGAACGGGGUGGUGGAAUGCAGCGUUUGCCGCUCCCGGGUGGUGGUGCCGAGCACCCAGAGCGUGUCCAAGGCAUACGACAAGCACCGUAGCAAGAUGUUGUCCAAGUUCCGCGCGCUCAACGUCUUCCUCAUCGCCGGUGACUGCAUCCUUGUUGGUCUCCAGCCCAUCCUAGUGUUCAUGUCAAAGGUUGAUGGGAAGUUUCAGUUCAGUCCCGUCAGUGUUAACUUUCUGACGGAGGUUAUGAAAGGCAUCUUUGCUAUUGUGAUGCUCAUAAUUCAGUCUAGAAAGCAACAGGUUGGAGAAAAGCCACUUUUGGCACGUUCAACCUUCAUACAGGGCCAGAAAGUUUUAAUAUUCUUUGAGGGCAUUCAAGGGCCACAAUGUUUCUCAUAUGUAACAAUGUUGCACAAGGCAUUCUAUCUUCAUUCUUCUUUAAACACAAUUUUAAAGAAGUAUUCGUCAACUGUUGCCACAAUAUUUACUGUCCUAGCUUCUGCUGCAUUCUUGGGGCAUACCUUGACCAUUAAUUUUCUCCUGGGCAUGUCAGUGGUGUUUAUUUCAAUGCACCAGUUCUUCUCUCCACUUGCUAAAGUCAAAGAUGACAAACCAGCUGACUUAAUAGAGUUGGAAGAUACCCAAAAUCACCGGUAG